GGGCCACGUUAGACUCGCAGAAGCAGCACGGGGGAGCGAAAAACACUCAUCAUUAGUGUUCGGUUUCACCAUCGAGUGAAAACUUCCAUUCCCCUCAGACAGCCACCUGCGCAGCGAAUGAAACACCGGACGUUCUCGAAUUGAUCGACUGUGGGGUAUUGGCGCCUUAAGGCCUUAUUAAUUUAUUGACGAACGUGCGUUAUGCGUUAUUCACAAUAAACGACUUUUUUUUGGUCAGGCGAUAGAUCCGUGGCUUUAAAUGGUUCCUGGUGUGUUCCGCCGCUCAGGAACACAUGUCAGACUCAGAGUUGGGUACUCAAUGGUACAAUGAUAUCCAAAUUUCCCCACUCGCCUAUAUAACGUCUAUCGCUAUCGCGUACUGGUCGACGGCCAACUCGAAAUUUCCCUCACCUCAAUCCAAAGCCUAGUAACGGAUCCAAGACUGAAGGAUGGACUCCGCCGGCUUCUUCAGAGGGGAUACGAUGAUGGAAGUCUUCGCAGUUCUAGCCAAUUCUGGAAACAACGACAAGAAAGUCCGGGACGCAGUGAUAUUAUACAUUGCACGGAAAAAGCAGAAGGGCCGGUCUGAACAACAGAUUCAAGAUAAAUUACUGCAACUAGAGGAAAAGUUCAAGCACAUCGAGAUGUGGCAUUCAGCAUUCCGGGACGCGCGAGCAUUAUACCAGCUUCCCAGGUCCAAACAUAUUCCACCUCCUAAACCGGUCCCCUCCCCUCUUAAGUUACCUGCGUCACCGUCCUGUAGCUCGUCAACCCCUAGCAGCAGGGAUGGACCGCCGCUGCGAUCACAGGACCUACCAUAUGUGUUACCUACCUUCUCUUGGCAAGGCGAGAGUCUGGAAUCUCGUGUACAUAGUGCUCCAUCGUCUCCUGGGCAAAUAGUGUCGUCCGAUGUACUUUCAUUGCUCUCCCAAUAUGGUGACUCCGAAGGAGACAACGAGAUCACAGCAUUCCUAUCCAGGCUUGAGCAGAGCUAGCCAGAGUCAUAGACUCGUAUCAUACUCGACUUUAUGCACGUCGCGCUG